CACAUUUGUUUGCACUAAUUUUAAUUUUGCCAAUCGCUAUUAUAGCUUCGCCGCAGCAUUUCCACGGUUACAAAGUGUUAUUAAAACUAUGAACCAGAAGAUUACAGUUGUAAAAAGUUUUUGAUGGAUUUACAAAACGUUGAAAAGCAAAAAUACGAGUAACUCUUCCUUGAAAUCACAAUAUUGAAGGGGGUACACGUAUUCCGAACUGCAACGGUUUAAGUAAGGUUUUGGAGUCUAAUAUGCAAGAUGGCGGAGAAACAAUGACAAAAUAGGAUUUUCGGGACCUGUUUUCGCCUGGGCCAACGAUAUGCCGAGAUACAUAAAAAACCAUCACUGAGUGAAUACAGCUCUAGAAAACGGGAAACGGACAGUCCCUGUACCAGGCAAUUCAACUUCAACAACUCGAAUUGGAAGGAUUGCAGAACUGCGUGGUAGGUGCUGAUAUUGUCAGAACAGUUGCCGGGCAGAGGUUUGUGUGGUUACCUGUGGGUAGGGAUUGACGUAAUCACGGGAGAAACCAUGCCUAUGUACGAUAAAACAUAACACAUCGUCCGAUUCCCCGAAUAGUCCAUGCACCCAACUGUUUGACAGCACGCAGACAACUAAUAUGGAUGACCCGUCGAUGACAAAAGUCACUGAGCAAGAUAAGGCACAAAAGGUCAAGGUCAAGGACUUGCUGGAAAAGUUGAAAGCCAAGAAACAGCUGAAAGAGGAGAGACGGGACGAUGACUACACGAGUUUGAAUCCCAACCCUGGGCCCAGUACUGAGACGAAUAUAUACAACAGGCACGAGACCAAGGCUCAGAGGGAUCUGGCUAACGUGGAGAAACAUGUAAACAGAUGCAGAACGAUGAUCUCCGACGUGAAGGGACUGUUUGAUGGGCACCCAGCCCUGUCCCUUCCAAGGGAGCAGGCAUGGAGGCAAGAGCUAGCUGACGUUGAGAAGGGACUGACGUUCCCCAAGACGGUGAUAGCUGUGGUAGGGAACACAGGAGAGGGAAAGUCCAGCCUGAUGAACGCAGUGCUCGACCAUGGCAAUGUCCUGCCUACUUCCGGCCUGCGGGCGUGUACAGCUGUCGUGGUAGAGGUUGAUCAGAAUACAACUAGCAACAGUUUCGAGGCAGAUAUCGAGUUACUACAGAGCAGGGAAUGGUUUGACGAGCUACAGAUACUGCUGAAAGAGUUACAGGACGACACAAACAAGAAGAAUGAUGCGUCCGCCUCCUACUGCAAGGUGAAGGCCGUGUAUGGUCGGAUUGGCUCAUUCGAGAUCCUGUCUGAAAUAACCGACGUUACCAACAUGCUUGGCAGCAUUAUUCACAUCCAGGAAAAUGACCCCGAGGAAUUCCGCCUCCAAAUAGAAAAGUACAUUGCGAAUCUGGACUCACGUACCGGAGGUCAAUACUGGCCGAUAGUGAAGCACGUAAGACUACGAAUGCCCCAUUGUGAUGUGUGCAGUAGUGGGACCACACUGGUCGAUCUGCCGGGGGUGAGGGACUCGAAUGCUGCCAGGGAUAAGAUUGCCAAGAAUUACCUGAAGAACUGCACGGCAGUAUGGGUUGUGUCUAGUAUCCACCGAGCCAUCGAUGACAAGACGGCCAAAGACUUGCUUGGGGAAAAUUUCCGGCGCCAGUUGCUCAUGGAUGGACAGUACGGCAGUAUCGCCUUCAUAUGCACCAAGACUGAUGUCAUCACGCCCUCAGAAAUCAUCAGGUCACUUAAUCUAAAUGAGAAAACAAAAGAAUAUGAGGAAAACGUGAAAAACAUGGAAAAUAUGAAGACCGCUGUUGUCAAAGAGAUCGCUAACGUCAACAAUGUGUUGCGUGGACUAAGAAAGAGUAUAGAGGAUCAGAAAAAUGAAGCCCGGGAACUGAAGGACACUCUGGCUAAUAUUGACUCCCUGCUCGAACCAGCAGAAGGAGAACAGGUACAGAAUGAGGAGCUGGAGAUUAUUCAGGAGUAUAAGGAAGAGUUGAAGACCAAGGAUGCCCUGAUCAGGGAAAACGAGGACCGGGAACAAGAACUGCUUCAGCAGCAAAAGGAGGCCUGUGAGAAGAAAACGUCCCUGGAGAAAACAAUUUCCCAAGAGAGGAAUAAGAUAGUCGCCAUCUGCGCCCUGGCUAGGAACGACUACUCUAGCUCACAUAUCAAACGAGACUUCAAGGAUGGUUUAAGAGAGAUGAAGCGUCAGAAUGGGAUGUUGAACACUGAAGACCCCGAGGAGGAAGAAGACCUAUAUGUUGAUGACAGCGACGACGAUGAUGGCAGUACUACUAACAACUUACGGGUAUUCUGCUGCAGCUCCACUGAGUAUCAGAAGAUGAAAAACCUGCCCGCGUAUGAUGGGCCUCCGCAGGUGUUCAGUAACUUGACGGACACCCAGAUUCCUGCCCUGCGGAAUUACGUACACGAGAUGACGUACAACCGGCAGCGUCAAUCCUUGGAGAGGCUCAUACACAACCUGGGCAGGCUCGUGUUUGACAUGCACAUCUACGCCUCUGAGAGGUUAAACAUGAUUGAAAGAGGCGUUCAAGCUGCCGGGAGUGCCAUUGAAGAUGAGCUAGAGAGGCUGGACACCGACCUGGGUAACGCAUUACAGAAGUUGACUGCCGACAUUGACGAUAUAUUUGACGGCAGUCUUAGACCAAAGAUUGAGAAGGGAGCGUCCAGUGCCUAUGAGGAGGCUAACAAUACAUGUGCCAAGUGGGGUGCGCCAGCUAUUCGAGAUAGAACAACGGACAGGCGUGAAGGAGGUCUCAGUUGUAAAACCUACAUAGCCACCACCCGUCGGAAUGGGGUGUAUUACUCACCCACAUUUGGACCAGUUGAUUUCAAUGAGGACCUUGCUGCACCCAUGUAUCGGAGCAUGGCCAUUGUCUGGGAUACGGCAUUCAGUGAGAUGCUGUGGCGGUUGAUGGAUCAACUGCAUGCUGACAUAGUGGCCCGGAUACUGGACUUCAAUGACAGGCUACAGAAGCAGCUUGAGUUACUUGGAAUUUCGGCCAUGCGGACUGACCGCCUCGCUACGCAGGCCAAUUGCUCUGCAAACAACAAGCUGACGGAGAUGGUAAGCAACCUAAAGGACGUGGUCACGCCUUGGCAGCGGGAAAUUUCCCGCAUUGUGACGCCCCACAUACAGACAAUGAUGCUUGACGAGUAUGGGCAGUGUGCAGCUGACUCCGGCAAGGAUGUGUUUGUCCGCAUGAAGACGUACAUGGCCCAGGGUAUCGACAGCAAGCGGGGCUCCAUGUUUGACGAGGCAAAACAGAUGCUUAUGGAACAACUGAUGAAACUGCGGACAGAACUAGUUCAGGAUGUUAAGAGUGUGAAAGACAUCCUCAUCACAGACUUGAGGCGGGGCUUCGAACCCCUGUGGGAGGCCCCAUCUAAGUCAUUGGUUGCCCGACAGGCAUUUGCAAAAGUUCUUGAUGAGUUUACAGUCAAAAUGCGAGUCAUUUACCAAGAAGCUGGUAUUCAGAACACAGAAGAUGGGCACAAACUCCCUGCCCCAAGACGGGGACACUCUGGUGGUGCUGCCCAGGGGUCCAGCAGUGUUACCACUGUAGCUAGGGUACAGGGAGAUUCCACAGUUGCCAGGCAACCAGAGUGGCCGACAUACACUGCUACAAUUCACAAGAUGGAAGACACUUCGUAUGACACAGCAAGCACUGAGGCACCCCUUAUGGCAAUUGGACAACAGACUCUGAAUGACGUUUAUCAAGAUACUCUGGAGGACAGCCAAGCGGCCGUGUCACUAUUACCUAAAAUAGAACCCGAUGAAACAGCUACGUUUUCCGAACCACCAGCAAAAAAGUCGAAACAGGAGAACAAUCAGAGAACAAACAACCAGGCUAGUCACAUUGCCGGCCUGCAGACUCCUAGCCAACAAGUAUCAAGCACUUCCUCGACCAGGACAAUCCAGUCUACAAAUAUGAACUGUAGCCAACCUGCCCGAAUUGGGGAGAAAGGCAAGGGACCGGGAAAGAGUAAAGGAAAUAUGAACAGCCCGUUGCUCUCCCAGACGACCACGCCCAAACAAACUAUUCCAACUAGCACUGUGGUAACAGAACCACAAGACAGGCCCAUACAAACUACACCAACUGUCACUGUGAAAGCAGAACCAACAAACACGGGGUACAAAGAGCAAUGGAAAUGAUACAUUUCACAGAUGAGGAAUAAGAAAAAACAACAAUGACACAGAACAUGAAUACGAAUCGUGAAGUGUCAUUAAUUGUAUGGUAGAUACUGUUGUAUAUGUGUGAUGUGAUGCAACAGACUCGAUUGAUAUGGGGCUGCUGUGUACAGUGUGGACAAACCAUGGGUUGUGACGUCACAUUUGGUAAAUGCAGGAAGCAAAAUACCUCUCGAUUAAGAUAGUAUUAUUGCUGUAGUGUGGUUAUUUUUAUAUCAUUUUUUACAAAAUAUAGCGCAGGCAGGAACAAAUGUUCACUGUACUUGGUUACUAAGCGAAACGUUGAGCGACUUAUGUUUUUUUUCAAAACAAAUCUGGAUUGCAAACUGCUGAGAGCUACGAGAUCAGAUGUCUAUAACUAUCUUUAAAUAACCAAACAAAGUUUAUCGCCUUUUAAUUCAAGGUAACUUUGGGUGACAAACAAACCCUAAAAUUGGCCCAAAGUGUAAAAAUCAUACAAUUUAAACAAAUAAUAAUCUUAUAGGGCUCUUAUAUUAACAUAUAUGUAGGAGAAAACAUAUGUAUUUUAAUUGCUGUAAAACAUAACCGAUGUUCAUAUCUACUGUCUUUGCAAACAUUUAUUAGAAAACAUGUUUUAAUCGGGCGUAUGGCAAAAAGGAGGGAAGUUGACCAUUGUGCCUCCAAAAAAUGCUUUUCGCUAUAACCAAAUAGUUUUAGCUUUUGGUAAUAACAUUAUAUGAGUCUCAUUGGUAGGUAUGCAUAUACCCUGUGGAUAGAAUAUGCAUUCCGAGAAUUCUGUCUAAACGGCAACCAUGGUAUAUAAAAAAAUUGGACCAGAAACGUAAUUUGCUUUUCGCUAUAACAAACAAUAUUUAAUACAUUCUGACCACGAUUUCUGAAAACAAAAAAGAUAUUGCGUAGCCACCGAGUAUAGUGUACAAUUUUUUCUCUUAGCCUGCGCUAUGUUUUGUAAAAAUUGUUAUGAAAAUCACGACCUUCAGCUUCCCGCAAUAACCAAAUGUGACGUCACAAACCACGUGGUAUAUUCACUCUAUGUGUACCAGCUUUAGGUGGUCUUCUUCAUGGUUAAUCUGUUGCAAGCACCUCGUGGAUAGACAAUCCAUUACAUUUGAAGGCAUGACUAGCAGAAGUAGUUCUUGAAAAUAUGACUUCGUACCUUGCUGUUGAUUUCACAAAUUGUUUGUUGCAGUAUUUGUUAAGUAUAUCUUUAGUGAUCUUAAUAUUUUGCUGUCAAUGUUAUGAUGUAGAUAAAAGUAUGGAAUGAUAUUUUUAUGCCCCCGAAGGUGGGCCGAAGGUGGGCAUAUUAAAAUCGCACCGUCCGUCCUUCCGCUCGUCCGUGUGUCCGGCUCAAUAACUCGUGUCCGGGCUGUAAAUUUCCCAUGUAUGGACAGAUUUUAAAAUAACUUGCCACAUGUGUUCCACAUACCAAGACGAUGUGUCGCGUGCACGACCCGUGUCCCUACCUCUAAGGUCAAGGUCACACUUAGUGUUUAUUCACAAUGGAGUGCUGCAUAUAGGACAUAGAGUAUAGGUUGUCGUGUCCGGGCUGUUACUUUCCCAUGUAUUGACAGAUUUUAAAAUAACUUGCCACAUGUGUUCCACAUACCAAGACGACGUGUCGCGUGCAAGAACCAUGCCUCUACCUCUAAGAUCAAGGUCACACUUAGAGUUAAUUCACAAUGCAGUGCUGCAUUUAGGACAUAGAGUAUAGGUUGUCGUGUCCGGGCUGUAAAUUUCCCAUGUAUGGACAGAUUUUAAAAUAACUUGCCACAGGUGUUCCACAUACCAAGACGAUGUGUCGCGUGCACGACCCGUGUCCCUACCUCUAAGGUUAAGGUCACACUUAGUGUUUAUUCACAAUGGAGUGCUGCAUAUAGGACAAAGAGUAUAGGUUGUCGUGUCCGGGCUGUUACUUUCCCAUGUAUUGACAGAUUUUAAAAUAACUUGCCACAUGUUUUCCACAUACCAAGACGAUGUGUCGCGUGCAAGACCCGUGUCCCUACCUCAAAGGUCAAGGUCACACUUAGUCUUUAUUCACAAUGGAGUGCUGCAUAUAGGACAUAGAGUAUAGGUUGUCGUGUCCGUGCUGUAACAUUCCCUUGUAUGGACAGAUUUUAAAAUAACUUGCCACAUGUGUUCCACAUACCAAGACGACGUGUCGCGUGCAAGAACCAUGCCUCUACCUCUAAGAUCAAGGUCACACUUAAAGUUUAUUCACAAUGCAGUGCUGCAUUUAGGACAUAGAGUAUAGGUUGUCGUGUCCGGGCUGUAAAUUUCCCAUGUAUGGACAGAUUUUAAAAUAACUUGCCACAUGUGUUCCACAUGCCAAGACGACGUGUCGCGUGCACGACCCGUGUCCCUACUUCUAAGGUCAAGGUCACACUUGGGUGUUUAUUCACAACUUAAGUGCUGCAUAUAAGGACAUAGAGUAUAGGUUGUCGUGUCCGGGCUGUCACUUUCCCUUGUAUGGACAGAUUUUAAAAUAACUUGCCACAUGUGUUCCACAUACCAAGACGACGUGUCGCGUGCAAGAACCGUGUCCCUACCUCUAAGGUCAAGGUCACACUUAGUCUUUAUUCACAACGGAGUGCUGCAUAUAAAGACAUAGAGUAUAGGUUGUCAUGUCCGGGCUGUAACUUUCCCUUGUAUGGACAGAUUUUAAAAUAACUUGCCACAUGUGUUCCACAUACCAAGACGAUGUGUCGCAUGACAGACCCGUGUCCCUAUCUCUAAGGUCAGGGUCACACUUGGGUGUUUAUUCACAAUGGAAUGCUGCAUAUAUAAGGACAUAACAGUGUCGGUUGUCAAGUAUGGGUGGUAUUUUUUAUGUUUAGAGGCAAUUUAAAAUAACUUGCCAUAUGUAUUUGACAUGUAAAGGCAAAAUCAACUUUUCAUGUACUGACCUUGUUCAUAGGUCAAUGUCACAAUCGGGGGCAUUCAUCACAUACUGUGACAGCUCUUGUUUCUUGUGUAUAUUACUUCUGCAACAUUUUAUGUUUAAUGUGCUUUUAUCACCAUAAAUUGUUGGUUUUUAAGGAUGCUUUUUAUAAUUUCUUUGAAAAGAACAAUAUUGAAUAUACAAGUGAUUUAACCCACUCCUUACAAUUGAAUGAAUGUGAACACUUGGAAUGCAGACAUGCCUUAUUUUAGUGUUAUGGUCCCUAUGAUCUUAUUUAUAAUGUUAUAUCAAUUGUCAAACAGGUGUACUUAUGUUUUGCUGAAAUUGUUCAACUAGUAUGUUUUAUUAAAAUGGCAUUAUACUUUUAAUAGGAUGUUGAUUAGUUUUAGUUUUUUUACAAAUUUAAUUUUAGCAAUAAAUGAAAUCACGUUAUUAAUUAGCAGUUAAAAUCAGUGUUAUCAUUCUUCUAAAAUAGUCAUUGUAACUGUUAAUAUAUAUAUAAAAUAUAAAUAUUUAUGUAAUUCACCACAAUUUGAUCACUUUUCAAGAUUGAAUUGUUGUUCAUUUUAUUCUGUAAUCUUCACUUGGUAUGUCGUCUUAGUUCGGUUUAGAUUGUUGCUGGUUUGCCAUAUAUAAUUGUGGUCCUUUGUGUUGGUCAUUAAUCUUUUACCUGUCCAAUACAAAAGCGAUUCGAAAGUUUUCUUAAUAAUUAUUAUUUGCUUUAAAUUGUUUAUUCUUUCAAUAAAAAGUCGUUCCAUUUUGUACAAGAAGCUUACAUAACAAGUGCCAUGUUGGUUAAGAAAGCCAAUUUGAGUAUACAAUAAUUUAUUUGAACCAAUCUGUUGACAAUUGAAUAGAUAAUAUUAUUAAUAUUUUUUUUAUAAAUAAACCUGUUCGGAAAUGUAUUCCACAGUAUUUCAAAAAAGGGAGGUAUCUGUGUUAUUCUAUAAAUAUAACGCGACCAUUCGCAGUUUAAUAUUAAAUUAUAAUGAAGUCGUUAGAAAGGUGCGAACGCCGUCCAUCGGUGACUUUUUCAGCGAUUACUACUACUACAAUAAACUUCGUCCUAUAAUUUAUGGAGAUUUUUAAGUUUGUAGAAAAUAAUUUACGGAUGAAAAGGUCCUAUCGAAUAUCAUCUGAUGUCCAUUUAUAAUCCUUCAUUGUUAUAAUAUAGAGUUUUAUAAUUCUUAUCCUUCUUCCAACAUAUAUUAUGGAAGUGGCGUGUAUUGAUCAAUACAGACAGAACCAAGUGAAUCCACUUCCGAAAGGGGCGGACGUCCGCGACAUCAGACGAAUUGGUAAUAAACUGUUAGAAGUUGUUGACACUUACAAAAACCUUGGUCAUCUUUCAAUCUAAAGGCGAUUUUACAAACAAAGCUAACGCAUUGGCGAAGGGCGCCGGAAGAGCCUAGGGAAGCAGUAUUCAUAACACCAUUCAUACUUUGUAAUUUUAUAAUAUAUGUGUAUGAUCAUGUUUGUAUAUAGCGCAUGUCACGUCAAUAAAUAUUUACUAACUUA